AUGGCUGCGGCAGGAGGCCUCGGCUCACCUGGGCCAGAACUUAGCAACGACUAUGAUUCCAUCAACGUCAACCCAGCAGGAAGUCCGCCAAGUCAGCUACCGCCGCUAAAUGAUUACACAAUCAAGAAGAAUGAAGUCGAGGAGAAGGAGAAUAUUAUUAAUGAAACACCUUCCGAGGACGAAACAGCGGAAGAGCCGUCCAACAAAGGAAGCUUCACUAUUGACCCAGAGGGUGAACUUACUCACGAUCAAACAACUGUCGACAUCGUGACCGUUCCAUGUCCUGGAGCGAACUCUCUUCGAACAUGGAGUCGCGAUGGCCGGAUGGGCCGUUUCUUUGGUGCGCUGUCUAUGCGAGAUGCCGAAGGUCAAACAGCGCCAGAUCCAGAUCGACCUGCACCUUCAUGGGUCCGACAAGGCAUUCGACGUGAAGCUGAUCGAGCACGGAUUCUCCUCUACGAGCAUCCCUCAACAGCCGAGGGUAUGAGACUGAGCACCUUGGCAGAUGCGCUUCUGGAGGAGCUGGAAGAGUUGAGGAAGCGAGAGAAACAGGCCAGACCGAUUGUGUUUGUGGGACAUAGCAUUGGUGGAAUUAUUGCCAAAAUGGUUCUAACAAAGGCAAGUCGUGAUACUCGAUAUGAGGAUAUCUAUAGACAAUGCUACGGUAUUGCCUUUUUUGGCACUCCUCAUCAAGGAUCAAGCUACUUUGCCAUGCCGAACUUAGCAACCGGAAUCCAGAGUCUACUUCAACUUUCAGCCCCUUUGCCAUGUUCCAUCACCGAUGAUAUGCGCGUAGGAAAUCCUCUUCUUCUCCAGCUGGACGACGACUUUAAAUCUAUAGCACACGAUUUCCGUAUAUGGACCUUGUACGAAACUAUCGACUCUCGCCUUUCAGGGUCUACUGGAGAUGUCUACUUUACUGCACCGCUGACGUCGAUAAAAUCGGCCAUCCUCGGUAUGCGACAGGAGACGAUUCUUCCGCUGCAAAGCGACCAUGCAAAUAUAGCUUCGUUUGGGAGACACAAUGUCCACACUAUGCGAUUAUUUAUGAAGCAGUUGUCUUCGCUCAUCGACCGAGCAGACGAGUAUUCCUGCGAGGAUAGAAAUUGGACUUUGGAUCUCGAACAAAAGGUCAACGUCGAAAUCCAUGGGUUCUUCGAGGAUUCUCCGGGACCACUGGACUCGGCGACUAUCAGAGCGUGGUCUACAAGGUUACCUUUGCGGGAGUUUCUGAGAAAGGGGCCCCAGGAGUGUUUGGCUGAUAGACUGAACGAAGUCGAGACAGUUGAUGAAGGAAGAUUCUUGAGGGAAAGAGGGAAAACAGCCAGGUUGCCGACACAAAGGGGAGACAUGGAUGGAGCAGGCAACAAUGCUUUAGGAAUCUCACAGGAUGGAUCAUUCCAUGCAUCGCCCCCUGCUUCACCGAUUAUCCGACCCAUUGACGCCAAAAACACAAGGUCGGAAUCAGCGCCUCAAGUGAUCUCGAGAUCUCCCAUUACACCCUUGUCGCCAGUAGCAAUAUCACCACCAACACACUACUCAACGCCAAUGCAACGGCCAUCGCCUCUUAUACGCGCCAACUUUGAUCAAGAUCUCGCCGUGGAUCGUCUAUCGCCGCCUCCCAGUGGUCGCAUGGGCCGGACGCUUAGCAGAUCUACAAGUCUGGGCACACAGGCUUCUCAAUACGAGUAUCGAGAUUUCCCUCCUUUUUCGCAACGCAGCCGAAGUACCAUCGAGGGCUUCAGCGACGAGGACGAUAUUGACGCAUCUCCAAAACUACCAGAAGCUAUAGUUGCAAUCCGAAAGGUCGUUGAAAAUGGAGACAAAAGAACAAGUGAGACUGUUAUUGUUGAUGAAGUCCCUGUUGCGUUUUCGAAACCUCAAGUGGAAGCCAGAAAGUUCAUAUGGGUACAUUUACCAUAUAAUAAUCCAAGCUGGGUGACGAAAAUAUUCGAGACGUUGCAAAUAUCGGAUCAUCGCAACUAUGCUCCUCUGUUCAACAAUGACUUUUGGGCAACGAGACAUUCCCGUGGGCGACACUCUCAGCAUUAUGCAUAUUUUGCUAAGCCAGGAUGCUACUUCUCAGCUCCUCGACACAUGUCUCCUCGAGGUCGGUCUUCUAAACAAUCUUCAAUGACAAGGAGUGAUGGCGGGGUCUAUACGUGUCUAUUCCUACCAUAUCUCCACUUCGACUCUUACAAACGACUUAUUCGCCGACGGGAACUGAUUCUGCAGCGUUUGAACCAUGGAAGAGCCCGGCCUGUGCCUGAAUCUGUUGCUAAAUCCGACUCUCUUGAAGCGCAGGUUAUUUGGGAGUAUCUGGGUCAUGAUCCGCCUAUCAACUGCCGAAGAACGCUGGAUCAAUACGGAUACCCUUCUCUACGAGAUACAAGAUCACGAGAUGAUGAUCAGAUGCUGUACAAGUUGACAAAAGAACGAAGCUUUGCUCCUGGGCUGGGUCCCGGAUUUCAUGGACAGAUGUCGAAUAGUAGCGAUGGUAGCAGUGGAAGUGGAAGUCGGAGAUCCAAGACAAGCAGUCAAGAUGGAGACAAUGAGGACAUCCCAGAGGAAUCCAUACUCAAUGGUAACGUCCUCAUGGUAGAUCAGCUGUGGUUGUGGGUCAUUGAUUCUCACACGUUACUGUCCUUCUUCCCCAAGCGCGAGGGCGAUGCUAUUGAAGGGCCUCUGUAUCAACAAGCAGACCUUCGCGACAGUAUAUUUAACGAAGUCAACGUCGAUCUUACCCGCCAGUGCGAAAACGCUCUAGAUCUAGCAGCGCUGUCUGUACUUCACGCGGUAACUGUGCUCCUCGAUCGAGCAUCGCAUCCUGAUCUCGAAGUUUUUCGAAUCUUUGAAGAAGCCAUCAGCGUUCUCACCGAGAAACUCACAUUCUCGCUCAAAUCCUUUCGUGCCGAGGGAUUUCGCGACAAAGCGUCGGCAUACGAACCAGUUGAGAACAAAGCUCGAUCCAUCAGAGCGCGGCACAAAGCUGAAGGUCGUCGAUCAGAAGAGGACAACCGCGAUAAUACAUCCGCACUUCUGGAACUUCGGGAUAUCGAGGACGAGCUUUUGAUUCUCGUACAUCUUUUCGAACGACAGUCCAAGGUCGUCAGCUCCAUGCUUUCGACUUAUGCUCGACCCGAACUUCGUGAGCGAACAGCAAACGGAAGAAUAUUUCUGAGUGAAGCCCUCAAGAAACUUUCCGAGUAUGCCCACCAGGGACAAGAGAUGAUUGAGAGGGUCAGAAAUACAAGAGAUGACUAUGACAAGCUGCUUCAGAUGGUUCAGAGGCAAGCUCAGGUUGAUGAGGUGCGGCUGAGUAGACUUCACGCCGACCUUGCCAGUGCACAGAGUCGAAGUGUCAUGAUUUUUACCACGUUUACAGUCAUCUUCCUACCAUUGACAUUUUUCACUGGUCUAUUCGGUAUGAACACGCACGAAUGGGGUGGUGAGAAUAACCUCAGCCUCAAGACUAUUGGCGCGAUCUCUCUUCCGUCCAGUCUUGCUCUUGUCAUCUUCUCUCUUGUGGCGGCCUGGAGCACAAGGGCUAGACUCUUUGCCAAAUGGCUCACUCACCUAUAUCGCAUCGCCAUGUCGUGGUUCUGGAGGACACUGUGCAAGCCUGUUGUUUCAGGUGUAGCGGGUAUGGUUCCUCAACGGGACGAGCGACAAAGAGACGAGAGGGACUUGAGAGGCAAGAAAGGCAUGUUGAGGGAAGAGAUGAGUGAUUUUUGGGAAAGACAUCGACUAGAGAGGGACAGGGGAUACACGGUGCCUGAGAAGAACAAGAAGACGACUAUGGGAGGCAAGGGAAGUUGGAGAUCAAAGAUGAAGUAG